GAAAGGGUCACGAGGUUUUGUUGUGUUUUGCUCCAAUGUUAUGUUAAACAGACAAUACAUUCAUACACUAAAUGUAUAUUUUGUUGAAUAAAGAUACAGAAACACUGGUUUUACGGAGAAAAAUAUGGUAUAUAACAGAUUUCAAUGAAUUUGUUUAUCUUUCUUUAAAAAAUCCUAUUGUUUAUGUAUGGAUAAAGACAAAGAAAUGCACGCAGACUUAUUAUAUUAAAUAAGAAUAAAAACUAUCAUGGCGGUAAUCUAUUGGGCGUUGUUCUUAACACCUGUUGCUUAUUCUUGGACUGCCGUUCUAUGGUUUGAAUACGUAUUUAACUUUAAAUUUAAAGAAAUUCAAAAGGAGUGAUCUAUAAAUUUCCGUCUGAAUUAUGAUGUUACGAGAUUAUAGCAAUGGGUAAAAGUGAAGAAAGGGGUGAUAUUACAAUACGUGCAGGGGAAUCAAAUUUUAUUCCAAAGACAUCAAGCGAGGCCAGUAAAAUGUUAGAAGCUGCUUUAUUACAAAUGGACGAUAUUAUUUCUGGUGCUUGUAUAGAAAGUAAUAACGAGGGGACUGCAGAGUGGAAAGAUUCUGUGAAGGAAGCUACAAGAAACCUUGUAGCUGCAAUUAAGAGUACUCCAAGCCUUUCUUCUACACCUGAUGCAGCGACUGUUGAAAUUUUAUUAAAGUGGAUGCAACCGGUUCAGAUUCAUCAGAAACUAUAUCAAGAACAAAACAUUGGGAUGAUAGAUGUAUACCUUCAGAAGAUUAUGAUUCUUCAGGGACAUCAAAUUCUGAUCAAGAAGAAGAUGAAUUUGCAAAUGUUGAUUGUUUUGAACAUCAAAUAUAUGAAUCUGACAGCUGUUUUUGCCAGCCUAUGUGCAAAGAAACAUAGUUGUCAAGAAAAUACUAAAGAGCACAAAGGAAAUCGAAGCAAUCAAUCUUUCGAGCCAGGAAGCAAACGACGACUCCGAAACAGAUUAGAUUGCGAACAAAGAAUUAGAUCGCAAACAGAUCUUUUUUUAAGAAGGAAAGAAUCUUCUAACUGUUGUUCACUACAGUACUUUCAAAUUUCUCGAAAGUGGGAGGAAUGUCUAGCAAAAACUGAGGAGCGUUUAAGGAAAUUAGAAGAUGAACGUGGAGCUUUACGCAUGGAAGUAUCAGUUUUAUCAGAACAGGUGGAAGCACAAUCCAAUAAAAUUCAAGAAUUGGAAAGUAUGCUUAGAGAAAAGAAAGAUUCUCUUAGAAGAAUGGAGGAGGCAUUACAGAAAGAAAUGCUUUCAAGAAGUGCUCUGGAGACACAAAAAUUGGAAUUGCUAAGUUCUAUAUCAGAAAUGAAGCUCAGACAAGCAAGCUUAGAACACGAAAAUCUUGCGCUUCGCAGUACAAGCCCUGUUUUAAAUGGAGAGAAAUUUGGAAGGCAUACCAGCCAAUAUAGUAGUCUCCCUAGGCCCAUGAGUUCUUCAAAGAAAGGCGUAGUGUUCGGUAAGGUUCCCAGUUUAACUUCUGGAGCACACACAACGGUACCAUUGGCCAUUAGAGGAGCCUCCGCGAGAUGCCUGUCUGCGCCUACUCUAGCUGAAGAAGACAAGAAUGUUAUUAUCGAAAGCUCGAAUUGUCGAGUACAAGCAAUUACCCAGAAACCUUUAGCAGAACUAUCAAUGGAAGAAAUUGGAGAGUGGCUUGCAAAUUUAGGACUGGAAUGUUAUACAAGUGAAUUAAGACGAUGGGGAGCAACUGGUUUAAAAUUACUCGAAUGUUCCCCGCAACAAAUGGACAAGGAAUUGGAAAUUAAAAAUGUUCUUCAUAAGAAGAAAAUACUGUAUGCAAUAGAGUCAGAAAAAUCUGAUGGAGCUGAUUUCCUUGGAUCAGAUAAGAUGGAUAAUGCUGCAGUUCUGCGAUGGCUUGACGAUAUAGGUUUACCACAACAUAAGGAGGCAUUUCACAAUGGUAAAGUUGAUGGUAGAAUGUUACAUAGACUGACUACUGAAGAUUUAUUAAAUCUUGGAGUAAAUGCACAAUUACAUGCUGCAAGCCUAAGACGCGGAAUUCAGGUCCUACGGGAAUUAAAUUUUGAUUUCGACAAUCUUGAAAGAAGAUCUACAAAUGGGAAUGGGGCAGAUGGCGGUAAUGUUCAUCUUUGGACAAAUCAUCGAGUUAUGGAAUGGCUUAGAGUAGUUGAUUUAGCAGAAUAUGCUCCUAAUAUGAGGGGAUCUGGAGUACAUGGAGGUUUAAUGGUGUACGAAGGAAGAUUUACGUCUGAAUUAUUGGCUACAUUACUUAGUAUUUCCGCGGGGAAAACUCUUCUUCGUAGACAUUUGACUACACAUUUCAAUCAAAUUCUUGGCAGAGAAGUUGUACAAAGGAAAAGAGAAAUUGAAAGUACUCUGGGAUUCGUACCGUUAACGCUUACUGCUCGUUUGAAGAUACCAAAAAAAUCUCAAUUCACGUUAAAACGUAAAAAAAGCAAAAAUGAAGUAGACUAUGGAAAUUUGGUCUGUCCAUUGGAAGCAUCGCCACCAGGUACUCCAUCGACACCUGUUUCAACUCCAAGCAGCCCGAACUUGAAUUCACCUAUAUUCUAAUGAGAAUCAGAAAUUCAUAAUCUCGUAAGUUUUAUUCUACUAUUUGAGAUCAAUUCUUUUUAUUAUUUUACGUUCUGUUUUAAUUAAGUAAUUUAUUAAAUACCCUCUUCCACUUCAUUUUCCUUGUUUUUAAAACUUAUGAUGAGAUUAUGAUUAUUAAAAGAAGGAAGUCAAUUCGUUAAAUUUUUAAUUAAAGUGCAAGUGAUACUUUAUUUGUGCAUUGUUACUAUUUACACCAUUAUGAGUUUACAGGGGUUUUUUAGGGCAAGGACAUUUUUCCUAUUGGAUUAAGUUCUGGUAAUAAUUUCUGUAAACUGCAUUAAUAUUUCUUGUAAACCAUUAAUAUUUAUACAUUUGUAAUGAUUUCUUACACAAGAUAAUGUUACAAUAAACGGACUUGUCAUAAA